AUGGAAGGAAGUAAUGAUCCAAGGUUCCUAUCAUCUCCUCAAAUGAACUCUAUCCAGGAGGAAGACUCGCCGACGACUAACGAGCAAUUGAAGGAAACACCUUCCAAGAACAAUAACAACAGAUUGUCUACCUAUGGAGAUAUACAAAUGAACAGUCGAAAUACGACACCGUUUGUGCAACCUCGUCCCUUUUUUGCUUCACCAAAGGCAAAAUCUAGACCUACUUCCGCCUUUUAUUCUGCUGCAGAUGGUAAUAAUUCCAGUUCAAGUUUAAUUUACAAUCCAUCUUUUAGCUUUGGAGAAAAUACUACACUUAAUCCACAAUUAGAAUCUCCUAAACCUUCGAUAGUUACUCCACAACCGCAAGCUUCUAGGAGUGAAGGUAGAAGACACUCUCUAAAAUAUGUGCCAGGAACAAACUUGCCGCCGCCAACAAUGACAAGAUCCAAGUCUCCUGAUAGAUCUGCAUCACCAGAGAUGUUAUCAACAACUUCAAAGAGGUCGUCACUUAUUUUAGAUUCACCCUUUGACUUUAGUCCCGCUACCUUGAAUCCUCAAAGACAUCUAUCUCAUCAACAAACUCCACCUUCAUCAGCAUCUAGGGCUUCAUUCCGUAAGGGACAUCGUUACAAGCAUUCUUCCGUUUCGAUGAACUUUUUCCAAGAACCAGAAGUAAAGAUACCUUUAAAUAUUGCCAAGGCACUACCUAUUCCAACAUUCCAUGAUUUAAUUAAGAAUUUAAUGUGGCCAAAGGCACAUUUCCAAUUGGCCAUUGCCGGUUUGCAAUGCAUUUCAUGUCUAAUAACAUUCCAAUUGGGUCAUUCUAAAUCAUGGAAUAAUUUCAUCACGUUAUCUCAUUUCAUCACAUACGAUAUCUUGGGAUCUUUAGUCAUUAUCUUAGUGGAGAAUUUAUCACAGUUUGAAGUUUGGUCCACGGGGACGAUAACAUUCCCUUUUGGUCUCAAUAGAAUUGAUGUUUUACUAAGUUUCGCUCUAGCAAUUUCUUUAUGUUUUGUUGGAUUGGAUCUUCUGUUCCAUAUCUUGGAAGAACUCAUUGUUCUAUUCGUGGAAUUAUCUGAAACGAAGGAUCAUCAUGACGAAAUUGCAUCCCAGAUCCCACAUUCACACCAUUCUAAUGAACUAUUAUCAUUCUCCGAAGGCAAUUUGAAACUUUGGUAUACGAUCUUGGCUAUGAAUCUAAUACUUUCCACGUUAUCGUUAUACAAAACUUUCUACGCAAACAAGAACAGUAAAUUAAAGACAAAGAAUCCAAUUGUUACUAUAACAUACACUUCCUACUUAUGUGUCUAUCCUAUUUUAAUUAAUUGGCUUUCAAACAUCUCCGAUUAUUUGGCCGCAUUUUCCAUUGCCAUAUUUAUUUUGAUCCAUGGAUUAACCAUUGUAGAAUGGACAUCAACAAUCCUAUUAAUGGGAUUUUCAACAACAACAUUAUCAGGGUCCACUUUCUUGAAUCAAGAGGAGUUGAAUCAAGAAUCAACAACGGAAAAGAAAAGAGAGGUGAGAAAAAGAUCACAAAGUACUUUACCCGUCUCUGUGGUUACAACCUCUGAUAGUUCUUCAUCUUCGUUCUUUUCGAUAUUUAGUUGGAAGAAACGUUCACCAAAUCAUGAUCCAGUGAUGGUUAAGGGAAUGAUAAAAGAACAGAUUGAGAAUCUACCUGAAUUUAAAUCUAGAUGCCAAUUAGACUAUAAGGAUUUACUAAUUGCCAAAGUCGACUUCAAUAGCUAUAUUGCAUUAAUUAAGUUAACUUUAAAAGGUGGGUCGAAUAAUGAGGAAUUAUUGUUAAGGCUUGCCGUUGACAAGUGCAUAAGGCGAAAUUUGAACACUGUUGAAACUACCAUAGAAAUUGAUAGAAUUUAA